GAUUCCAGCUCACAGACGAGCCCCUUCCUCCCAGGGCUGGGAAGUGGAGGGGCACAGGUGGGAGGCCUUGCCCUGCCUGCUCAGGUGGCCCUGGCCCUUGGACCAGUCUGAGAAGAGAGGCAGCUUCCCUUGCUUCGGUGCUCUUGUUCUAUCUCCUUCCUUACCCUAAAGGUGCUCCAUCUUUAAUAGGGGCCACGGUUGCCCUCCUCACCGCCCAACCCUCAGCUCCCUCCUGUAGAUAUCUUACUUGCCAUGAAAGUGAUAUCACAAGGUCCUCUAAGGCCCCCACCCUUGUGUCAACUGCUGGUUUGUCUUGCAGGGUGUGCACUGACCAGCGCCAUCACCCCCAGCAUGAGUCGGUGGUCCUUGCAAGGAAGGAUCAGAAGUAGGGUGUAAAAUGUCUGAAUCCCAGCCCCAUCUCAAACCUCUCAGAAUGCAAGGGGCAAAGGGUAUCUCCGCCAGAGAGUCUGCACUUCUGUGAUGAGAGCCUUCCACAGGCCCAUGCAUUUUUGGACGGUGGUGAGGAGGGGCUGAGGGCAAUGGGGCAGCAAGAGGGACAUGCCCUGAGAGAUGGUCUUUUCCUCCACAGGAUCUCCUUCAGCGGCCACUUGACUGGGAUUCUGGUGGGACUGGUCUGUGCACAGGGACCAAUCCAGAAGUUAACCUAUCCCAAGACACGGCCUAUCACCCCAAACCCACAGAGAAACAACCUCCAGCUUGUCUGACAGCGCACAGCCCUAUGCUUGAGGAGCCCGGCUCUUAGGGUUACUUGGGAAGGAAGAGUACAGAACCAUUCCUAGGUGGGAAGGGGCGACCCAGGUGCCGGACGCCUAGAGCCCGAGUGGAGAGUGGCAGGAGCUGGAAUGGGAUGCUGCUGGAAGGGUGGCCCGGCUUAGCCUCCCACUAAUGGCCAGGACUGUGGACGCCGCCAGUGCGGUCACCUCGGACACAGUUGCAUCCACAUUCACCUCACAUCGUCGCUUUCUCGGCAGUCAGCUCAGACCAGUGGAGACGCCCCCACACUCCCCGCCCCUGCGAAAGCCCAGUGCGAGGGGGUGGGGUGGGGCGGAGGCUGCCUCCCCUAGACUUUCCAGCUCCAACUCCACUCCCACGGCCCGGCGUCCAGAGCCCGGGGCGCGUGAGGGUUAACCUCGCGGGGGUGGGGACUCCGGAGCAGUCGGCUCGGCAGAGCGAGGGAGGGGAAAGGAGGCGACGGGAGGCGCGCGGAGCCGGCUGGGGUCGAGCCUCGGAGUAUUAGAGGCCGUUGGAGCCCCGGGUAUCGCAGGCCACCGGGCAGCCUCUGGGGCACAUGCUGCGCGCAGCAAGGGGCCACUGCAAGCCCCCUGCCCCAAACUUCAAGUCGGAAGCAGGGGACAGACGCUGGGCAUCAAGACUGGUCUGGACGCCCCCGUCCCAGGGAGCACCACCUCCACCCCACGUCUGCGGGUCUUUUCCCAGCCGUCUCCGUCCCUCCUCCGACCACUUUACUGCCUUUGGCCGGGGAUGAAGCCCGGAGACGGUGGCCCCACGGCGACCCCGGAGUCCGAGUCCGCCGACGCGCCCCCCGGUCCGCCGCGGCCCUCGGCCUGGCCCGAUGACGUGCGGCUCUGCGGCCACCUGCGAAAGCAGAAGUCCCAGCGCCGCCGCUUCUUCGUGCUCCGCGCGGACCCGCCGCGCCUCGAGUGCUACGAGAGCGAGAAGAAGUUCCGCGCCGGCCGAGCGCCGCCCAAGCUCAGCGUGAGCCUGGCGGGCGCGUGCACCAUCAGCAAGCGCGUGGACGCGCGCCACCGCCACCUGAUCGUCCUCUACACGCGCGACCGCAGCCUGGGCGUGGCGGCGGCCAGCGAGGCGGAGCAGCAGGCGUGGUACAGCGCCCUGCUCCAGGCGCGCGCCGCCGCCGGUCCUAGUUCCCAAGAGGCCCCCGGGACCUGGAUCCUCGCUCCGUUUCAGGACGUCUGGCCCGUGACGCUGCGGCCCAAGGGGCUGGGGCGGACACGAGGCCUGGGCAGCGGCGGCUACCGCCUGUGCCUGGGUUCUGGGGUACUGAGCCUGCUGCGGAAGCCCAGGGGUAGAGGCUCCGGGGACACCCAGGCAUGGCCGCCGCCGGCCCUCCGCCUGUCCUUGCUCAGUGUGCGCCGCUGCGGCCACGCAGACUCUUUCUUCUUCCUGGAGCUCGGUCGCUCAGCGCCCACGGGUCCCGGGGAGCUGUGGCUACAGGCGCCCGAUGGUGUGGUGGCCCAAAGCAUUCACGAGACCGUUCUGGCCGCAAUGAAGAGACUCGGGGACGGCGUUACCGGUGGUAGGGCUGAGCCACUGCCAAGGGAUCCCCCGACAAGCGCCCCCGGGUUCUCUGUCCCCCAACCUUAUGAGACCCCGGCCUCCGCGGCCCAAUCAAUCAGUCUGAGCCGUCCGGGUUGCCUGGGUGAGAGGAGCGAGCAAGCAACCCUCAAGACCCUGGUGACGCUGGGGGCAGUAGCCUCGUACCCCCAGGGGUUGGAGCAAGGCGGGGGUUACAUAACCAUGGGAGCCAGAAGUGACUAUGAGCCCAUGGGGGGCGGCGAUGCAGGCGGUUACAUGGUGAUGGCGCCCCCGGGCCUUCCGGCAGCCGCCAGCACCGCUCCUCGCCAGCCACUCCAGGACUCGGGGGGCACUGAAUAUGUGCCCAUGAGCCGCUUUGCACCAGAGUCCUUUUCCUCGAGCACCCUGCCCGGUUUCUACAAGCCCGGGGCCGGGGAGCCUGGACUCGGGCUCCGAGGCCCCCGUCUCGGCGUCGGGGACAGCUGGGGACCGGCGGGAGCUCACCCCUGCUUGCAGGCGCCGUCCGAGCUAGCUGGGGAGUACGUGUGCAUCGAGUACGUGGCCCCGGACUACGUAGGAAUGGGCACUACCAUACCGCAGCCGCCCGACGGCCGCCUCAACUACAUCGACCUGGACCUGGUCCCUCCGCUGCGGGCGCGAGGCGACACCCCCGGGGCCAGCACUCACCGCCCGCACAGCUACGCGAGCAUCGAGUUCCAGAACCUUGGCGAGGCGCGGGGUUCCUGCAGCAUUGCUCCAGAGUCUCAGGUUGGCCUUGGCCCCCAAUCCUGCCUCUGGUGACGACUCCCACAUGGAUCCCCCUCCCCCCUACACCUGCAGUGCCUGCCUUGUGUCUCCUCCCAGCCAAAGAACUAACCCAGCCCCAGAGCCUAACUCCCGGGGCACAGCACAAGUUGGAUGAAAGCACCAGGUAUCUUAUCCCUAGUGCCCCCCCAAAAAGUGAAGUGCCACCCCCUUACUCCCUAGUUUGCCUCUCCCAAUGCCAGCCACGUGCUCACACCAUCCUCCCUUCUCCGGGACCCAGCAGAGCUCAUGGAGUACCUGCAUCCCACUAGUCUGGGGGACUGUACUCUGGACCCCCACCCUGGCCCCACCCCACAAUUAAAGGUUUCCUGCUUGGUC